ACACUUCUUGCAGGGGGCAAUCAUUGAACAGCGUUGUAAAUUGCAAGUGCAAGUUACCCAGGUCCCUAACCCCUCCAAAAAAUAAAUAAAGAGGGAGAGAGAAAAAGAAGGGGUCCAGGAGGUUUGCACAAAGAGAGAGAGAGAAGAAAGGACAAAGCAACAGACAUAUCAGGUAGCGAGAAUAACAUGUUGUUUGGUGGAGAGCAGCUAUCCUUUUCGUACUAGAGCAGAAGGCUCAAGGGGACACAGGGAAGAAGGUAAGGCUGAGGAAGUAGACAAAAAUUAGGUCAUGAAGAGCCUUGUAUGUUAUGCUCAGUUGUUUGGAUUCGGCUUCAUGAUGAUAAUGUCUCAUUGCAGCACAUUUUACAGACUAAAUGAACAUCUCUGGGUCAGGAUCCUACACCGAGUCAGUGAGUGAAUUUAUCCUUCUGGGUUUUCCCUGCAGCUGGGAGACUCAGAUUGUCUUAUUCAUGAUCUUCUCCAUCACCUACCUCCUGACUCUCAUGGGAAACGGAGCCAUUAUCUGUGCUGUGUGUUGGGAUCAGCAUCUCCACACCCCCAUGUACAUCCUGCUAGGCAAUUUUGCAUUCCUGGAGAUCUGGUAUGUCAACUCCACAGUCCCAAACACAUUGGUCAACUUCCUCUCUGAAAUCAAGGCCAUAUCUUUUACUGGUUGCUUCCUCCAGUUGUAUUUUUUCUUUUCCAUGGGCUCCACUGAGUGCUUCUUUCUUUCUGCAAUGGCUUUUGAUCAAUAUCUCGCCAUCUGUCGUCCUCUCCAUUAUGCCACAAUUAUGACUGGACCACAUUGUUUCAACCUUGUGAUUUCCUGUUGGGUAUGUGGCUUUCUCUGGUACCUGGUGCCUGUUAUUCUCAUUUCCCAGCUGCCUUUCUGUGGCUCUAAUAUAAUUGACCACUUUGUAUGUGACUCAGGCCCAUUGCUGACUCUCUCAUGUGCUCCUGCCCCCAUGUCCAAGUUUGCCAGCUACACCCUAAGCUCCCUCAUUAUCCUCCUUAGCUUCCUUUUCAUCCUCAUCUCCUAUGCCCUGGUUCUACUUGCUGUGUUUCAGUUACCAUCGGCAUCCAGUUGGCAUAAGGCCUUUUUGACCUGUGGGUCCCACAUGACUGUGGUUAUGCUAUUCUAUAGCACCAUCAUGGUGAUGCAUGUGAGCCCUGGGUCCAGUCACUUCACCUUGUUGCCAAAGAUUAUGACCUUGUUCUAUGGAAUGGUAACUCCACUCUUCAACCCCCUGAUUUACAGUCUUAGGAAUAAGGAGAUGAAAAAUGCUCUGUGGAAAAUUCUGGAGAUGUUUACAAAGUCUUUAAAACUCUUUGGCAGCAGGCCCAGGAGGAGUAUGGGAUAAUCUAGCUUAGUGCGAUGUGGGUGCAAUAACCACUCUUUUACUGUCUUUCAUUUGCACAGUAAAUGAAUGCCUGGGAUUGUGGGUGGGGGUUGAGUGUUAGGGAAACUUCAGUCAACAGAAUACUAGAUAUGUACAUUUUGUAGUAGGGAGGGAGAAGGGCUUGUAUUUCUAUUCAACUUCUACCUAGAUUCUUUCUCAAUCUUCUGGUGAUAUCUUUGAAAACAGUUGGGACUUUAAAUCAGAAGAUCUGGAUCUGAACUUAAUUCUUCCAUUUAUCAGCUGUGUAUAUUUGGCAUGUCACUUGAUUUCAACUGUAAAAUGGGAAUGUGAAUGUCUACACCAGAGAGCCAUUGGUAUGAGAUUUUAAUGAGAUAAUGGUUAUAUAAUUUCCUGAAACAACUAACAUGUAUAAAACACUCAAUAAAUGUUAAUUGAAUAUGAAUUUUGGUUAAUCCUAUGUUCUCUUGUCCUUUGACAUAAUCAAAAGAAAUCACAGAUCUCCCUAUAAACAUCACCUCUUCAUCACCUUUGGCAAAGCCCUUUACAACAGGCCUCAAUCUUCUGUUGAGAUAUAGAGUAGAUAUGGUUCCUCCAUUUCAACUCAA